AUGCAGCAGGUUCCCGCACUGCAGUUGCAGUCGACUGAAUAUGAGCCAAUGCGUUGGGAUUAUUUCGUCAACCAUUACUCUAACUUGACCCGCCAGGAGGAAGAUUCAAAGAUAACGUACAGAACUCCGUCUGGAGACCUUCAUGUUGGUCCCAAUCCCCCUGCUAAUUCGGAACCACUCGGAAUCUUGUAUCCUCGAGCCGGCACCUUGGGAGGUUGCUCCGCACACAACGCCAUGAUCACGAUUCUUGCCUAUGACAGUGACUGGGACAAUAUUGCGUCUGUUACGGGCGAUGAAUCUUGGUCAGCCGAGAAGAUGCGCGAUUAUUUCAAACAGCUAGAGCGUAGUCGCUAUUUGCCAACCAGCAUUGCUGGUCAUGGUUUUGAUGGCUGGCUCACCACCAGUCUAACACAGCUGAAGCUUGUUCUUGAGGAUCAAAAAUUGUUGUCCCUGGUUAUUGCGGCAGCUACAGCCGCUGGUCAGAAUUUACUAGGCAGGGUUAUCAAUACCGUAACCGGCCUUGGUGAUAUUCUGCUCCGGGACCUCAACAACGACGGUGCAAAUCGUGAUCAACAAGUUGGUCUGUUUCAGGUGCCUCUUGCUGUGGACAUUCCUGAAUAUAGACGCACAGGUCCCCGUGACUUUUUGAUGGACACGGUCAAUGCUGUGAAUAACAAUGGCUCGCGCAAAUACCAUCUUGAUAUCCAACUGAACACUCUUGUGACCAAUGUACGCUUUGAUUUAUCUGGUGACAAGCCUAGGGCAACUGGAGUGGACUAUAUCAAAGGUCAGAGUUUGUACAGAGCGGAUCCACGGUCAGAAAGUGCACCUGUGGGUACUCCGGGUUAUGUCAAUGCGGCCCGCGAAGUCAUCUUGUCUGCAGGCACGUUCAAUACACCUCAGUUGCUGAAGCUUAGUGGCAUUGGACCCAAGGAUGAGUUGAACAAAUGGAACAUCCCAGUGCUUGUUGACCUUCCUGGCGUUGGCGCCAACCUCCAAGAUCGCUAUGAGACCGGCUUGGUUGGGAAGACGCCCACGGAUUUUACCCUUACAACCAAGUGCACAUUCAUGGAUAGUCUACCAGACCCUUGUCUUGAACAGUGGCAAAACAAUGCCUUGGAAAAAGGUACAUACACAACUAAUGGCAUUGCGAUUGCCAUCAUCCAAAAGUCCUCUGCUUCGGAUGGAGAGCCGGACCUCCUCAUAUCCGGAGCCCCUGCCAACUUCCAGGGAUAUUUCCCAGGAUACUCUUAUGAAGCUCUGAAAGAUUCCCAGCAUUGGACUUGGAUUGUCUUGAAGUCACACAGUCGCAAUAAUGCAGGCACAGUGGAGCUCAGGUCUACAGAUCCUAGAGACACCCCGAUCAUUAACUUCAACUCGUUUGAUACCGGUAUCACAGGAGACGAUGCCGACAGCAAAGAUUUACAGGCUGUGUACGAAGCUAUGGAGUUUUCGAGGAAGAUUUUUGAUAGCAUUGUGCCCCUAGAUGGAAGUUUUGAGGAAGUAUGGCCAGGGCCUAAUGUCACGACUGAAGCAGAGUUGAAGGAGUUCAUCAAGAGAGAAGCAUGGGGCCAUCAUGCUUGCUGCACCAGUCCCAUCGGCCCUGACGCCGACAAGAAUAGCGUGUUAGAUUCGCGAUUUAGGGUUCGAGGUGUCGAUGGCCUCCGAGUAGUGGAUGCGUCGGUUUUCCCUAAGAUACCCGGAUACUAUAUCGCGCUGCCCAUCUACAUGGUCAGCGAAAAGGCAGCUAAGGUUAUCAUCUCUGACGCAGCCUGA